GAGCAUAGUAUAAAAGACACUGGUCCUGUUCUACAGAAGUAGCGGCAUCAACAUCAUCAACAUGCUCCUCUUACCAGUGCUCUUCCUGCUCUCUGGUGUGCUCCCCGGUGUCUCGGUGGUUGAUUCCGUUCCCCCCACUUUUGAUCACCGAGACCCGUCCACCAGGGAAACCCUCAUCUGUGACAAGUGCCCACCCGGCACGCACAUGGCCGCGUACUGCACCCCCACCAAAGCCACCGUCUGCGCGCCGUGCAGAAGCCGCCACUUUACCGCGUUUUGGAAUUAUCUGCCCAAAUGUCUUUACUGCAACAAUUACUGCGUGGAGAACCAGGAGGUGGAGACGGAGUGCACAGCGACCACAAACAGGGUCUGUCGGUGCAAAGAGGGCUUCUACAUGACCAAUGACUUCUGUUGGAGGCACUCAGAAUGCGGGCCGGGACACGGUAUUAAAACUAAAGGUACGUCACAAAUGAACACAGUUUGUGAAAGGUGUUCGGAUGGCUACUUCUCCAAUUCAUCUUCUGCGCUGGAGUCAUGCGUAAAACACCAAGAAUGCGCAAGCGGACAGAUUGCACUCCUUCCCGGCUCAAUUACCCACGACACAAUUUGUGGGUCCUGCGAAGAUCUUUCAAAUGAAGGUGAGACACUCAGGACAUUCGUCUCAGGAUUAUUCAGCAGGCAGAGGAUGCGCGUGACAAAAAUGAAGUUUUUUGUUGCCAGCUACAUCCAUAAAUCAGAAGAGGGGAUGCAUCCCAGCGGCACGACUCCUCCCAGUCAGAGAGGACCUCUCAUGGAUCAAAUCCUAACGUGGCUGGCAGAAGUUGCAGAGGAGAAGCUGAGAAAAUUGCCACAGAUGCUGAAGGCUUCAAAGCUCUGCUCCAUGAAAGAAAAACUAGAGAUGAUAAUAGAUAGGAUUAAACAGCAGUACCCGAACUGUAUUUUACCAUUUACAGAUGAGCUGUAGACUAACGGUCCAUGGUACAUACAGCAUAGCACAAAUACCUCUUUAUUUUAUUUAGGAUAUUGCCUAUUUGAAAACAUUUUUUAAAAAAACGAAAAUAUGUAAUUAGCAUGUUCAUUAAGAAUGAAUGCACUGGACUAGUGAUGGUCAAGUUAUUAUGUUUGUAACUCCUGUGGUGAUACAUUUACCACACAUGGACAGCAUUAUUAGCAUGUCAAUUUACAGUUUAUUUUUAAUAACAAACUAAACUGUCAUGAAAAUGUAAAAAAGAUUAAUCUGUUUUCUUUUGUUUUGUUUUAAACGUAGGUCAUAAUGUUAACUUCAGAUUAAUAAAGGAAAAGUGACCACCAAAAUUGAGAGAAAUGUAUGUAAAAUAUGGAAAUAUAUCGUAAAAUUGUUGCAUCAAGUGUUACAUAAUAUGUAGUACAUAGAAACUUAUUUUUGAUACGAAAUUGAACUUUAUCUUAAAUUAAGGUUAUCGUAGAGAUUUAUGAAGUUGUGUUUAAUUAUGUGAUAUCAAACUGUUACGUGCAACAGCUAAAUAAAGUUUAUGGUAUGUUGUCGCCUAA